AUGGAAGUUCUCCUGGGUCUUGUCAACUUCCCGUGGAAGCUCAUCUCACAUCCCGCAAAGCCCAUCCACUCCUCUGGAGUUUCCGUGGGAGCUCAUCUCACCUCCCGCAAAGCCCAUCCACUCCUCUGGAGUUUCCGUGGGAGCUCAUCUCACCUCCCGCAAAGCCCAUCCACUCCUCUGGAGUUCCCGUGGGAGCUCAUCUCACCUCCCGCAAAGCCCAUCCACUCCUCUGGAGUUUCCGUGGGAGCUCAUCUCACCUCCCGCAAAGCCCAUCCACUCCUCUGGAGUUCCCGUGGGAGCUCAUCUCACCUCCCGCAAAGCCCAUCCACUCCUCUGGAGUUCCUGUGGGAGCUCAUCUCACCUCCCGCAAAGCCCAUCCACUCCUCUGGAGUUCCUGUGGGAGCUCAUCUCACCUCCCGCAAAGCCCAUCCACUCCUCUGGAGUUCCUGUGGGAGCUCAUCUCACCUCCCGCAAAGCCCAUCCACUCCUCUGGAGUUCCCGUGGGAGCUCAUCUCACCUCCCGCAAAGCCCAUCCACUCCUCUGGAGUUCCCCGUGGGAGCUCAUUAAGGGCAGCUCAGAGGUGUUGCAUACAAUAG